AGUUGUAUUACUACACGUCGUCGUAGCUGACCGCACGCGUACCGAUACACGCGUGGUUGCACUCUCAAAUCCGUCGUUAUGUUACCGCUUCGUUGCACAAGCUCAAACGAGUCGUCGUUAUGUUAUACUACACGUCGUAAUUGAUUUUACUCCAGAUCACGCCCCACUCGCGGUCCGUGGUUGCUGUUGAAGCUCGGCCCGCGGUACAAACCCUACCGAAUCCGUUUCGGGGCCAACGCGCUGCCGCCGGCUGUCGGACUACAACGGUGACGACGGUCCCGGUGGAACGGCGACGUCUGACCGACGACGAAGGAGAGGCAGGUGGCAGCGGCACGGCAUUAAAAUGGCGGCCGAGGAGGGUGCGCACUGCGCAGUCACGCGUCGUGACGUAGCAGCACACAGACGGACCGACCGACUGACGGCAGCACGCUGCUAGCGGUAGGAACAACUAACCAAGCAAGAAAGAAAGCUGUCGAAGAGACGCGAACAGAGCGGAAAGGGUCGUUAAGUGGAUUGAGGUCACGGUGUCCGCGCGGUAGAAGCUCUUAACCGUGUGGAAGGAUGUUCUUGUGCCCUCUGGUAAGACAUAGAAAAUGCUAAAGACGUGUGGAAUGCGCCCAUGGCCUCUAAGGCACAACAGAAAGUGAUGGUGUUUGAUGACGGCAGGUCGGCCAGCCCUGCAUUUGCGCCUGAUGCUGAUUAUCUACCUCAGCACUUUGCUCAGGCAGGCCGAGGCUCAAAUGGAUGUUACAAAGAGGCCACCCUGACGGGUGAAGCCGACGCGCAGUCAGGAACAUCCUGCAGUAGACGCGCUGCCACCAAACUGUCUAGAGGGGAUUUGCUUCCAGCUGAGAGCACUUGCAGAGGCAUCCAAGUGACUUUGGACAACAACAACAUGUGGAACGAGUUCUUCAGGUGUAAAACUGAAAUGAUUCUGACGAAGCAAGGCAGCAGGAUGUUUCCAUAUUGCCGGUUUCGCAUCUCUGGACUGCAGCCGUCCAAGAAGUAUGUUUUGAUGAUGGAUGUUCAGCUGGUAGACCAGAAUCGUUACACCUGGACCGGCACCAGCUGGCAAGCGGCCGGGAAGGCGGAACGACACGUGACAAAUCUUCUGUUUGCCCAUCCCGAAUCACCUGCCGCCGGUCAGCUCUGGAUGCAGAAUCCGGUUUCGUUUUACAAACUGAAGCUGACAAGCAACGCGGCCGACCAGCAAGGCAACGUCCUAGUGCACCCGAUGCAUCGCUACAUUCCGCGUUUGCAUGUGGUCCAGACAGAGAAAGCUCCUGAAGACAUUAAGCUGAAUGCCUCAAACGUUGCCACGUUCACAUUUCAACAGACUGAGUUCAUGGCUGUCACCAUGUACCACAACUGCCAAUUUGCUCAACUCAAAGUCGAUUACAACCCGUUUGCUAAGGGACUCAGGGAGGACGGUGUCGGUUCGCUCGGCCCGAAGAUGAAAUCCAACCAAGGUGAAGCUUCAGUAUCCGGUCGGCAGCAACCGCUCAAGAAAAGCUUGAAGUCUUUGCUUGCAAAUCACAAAGCUCGAAGCUUUACGAACACUACAAACUGUGUCCAAGAAGUAUCCUUGGGACCUGCACCCCAAGUUGUGAAGAACACUACCUGCAACAACUCACGACCAGCAGAUCAAUUAAGUGGGGACCUCGGCCGAGAGGCGCACAUUUCCUUAACGAGAUGCAGCGUGGGCUCCUCAAAGGGACUUGAGCAAAGCAACGCUAUUACAACUGCAGGAAACGCCACAAGCCAAGACAUUGAUAAAGCCAAUAAGCAGUCGACAGAGUCCUCAAGUGAAGCUCCACCGCAAACAAAGGGCCAAGGACUGGUUGUUUCUGAGCCUGAAUGUCAGGCCAAGGUCCAACGGCCUCUUCCUCUGCCGGCCUUGGCGCUGUUCUUGAAAAAGCAUUCCACUAAGACCAAGGCCGUCAAGAGCAAGUUGGAAUCUUCCUCGACCCAAGUUCCUGCAGAGGUCCAAAGCGGAACAAGCACCGCUUCUGCUAAUCAGAAUCCAAACACAACAUCUCACGUGAAACCUGACAACCAGGGUUCUACCCCAAGCGGAUCAGACAAGUUGAGUCUGGGAGAAGAACCUUCUCAAGCGCUCUGCAGUCUGGCUUCUCCGGAAGCAAAACGAUUAAGAACUUGCCCUAAUGUCCUGGUGCGUUCAGCUUGUGAGCCAGCAAAAGCAGAGUUUGCCAAGGUUGAAGAGCCACUUGGAAACCACAAGACUUUGCUUUGUUCAUCUCGUCCUACCUCCUCUUUGUCUCCACUGUUGAACCGUGAUACUCCCGACAUGCCAAGCACCCCGCCGCCCUCAGUGUCCAAGUCUGCUCAUUUUCUUGCUGGCUCACCGUGUUCAGCUUUUGGCUUUGAGCUGUUGUCCCCCGUGAGUUCGCCAGAGCCACUGCCUUCUCUCCCUGCUACCUUUACGUUGGAGCUGGACUCUGGCUCUUCCAAGGCUCCUGAGGCUUCACUGCCAAGCAAAGACUGUGACCCGUCUGUCUUUAAGUGGCAUACGGUGUUACCUCCUCCUGAACCCUACGUGGAGCCCUCUUUUGAAGUGUUCCAGCCGACGGCUCAGAGACUUUCACUGGAGUCCUCCUUGUUGCCUUCCCAAAGUGCAGCCAAUGAGCCAUCCCCGUCUGGUGUCCCGGUCCAGCCCGAUCCCCCAGCUGUCCAUUCUCUUUCUUUUCAAGAGAGUGAGCAGCCGCUGCCUUUCCCAGGGGAACUGUCUCCCCUUGCACUUCCGCUCACUCUCUCGCCAACGUUUUCCUCCUUGGAUGGCGACGCGUUGUCCCCUACGCCUUCUAUCGCCGAUCUCGUGCAGUUUUUCUCGACAGAAGAGCACCUCGCAAUAGGUGUGGAGUUUCCCAACGCGGAUUCGCUUCUACCUCCCUGUCCGGCUGAUGUCUCGGGAGAAGCCAACACCCCGGCUCCUCCUGAGCAUGUCCUGACGAUGGCGUCCCCCAAACAACUGAAGAGCAAAAAGAAGACUCGACGGCGAAAAGCCGCCAUGUCCGAUUUGGACCUGAAGACGGACGACUCCGCCUACGUGACCAUGAAGCCUAACCUGGAAGAAGUUGAGGAGCAGCUCUUUAUCUCCUUCACGUCCAAGGAGGCUCUCAAACUUCAUAUUGCCGAGAGUGACGAGCAAGAAGCAAACAGCCGGCUUGUGCCGUCGCUGCCGGACGUUGGCCUGCUGCGAGCAAUGGAAUAUCGCUCCCGUGACGAGACGAUCGCUUUCUAUGAGGAAGCUCUUGUCAAAGACCUCAAGAUGAUGAAGCACCAGCAGAUCAUCCACCCAGUGCUGCAAGAGGUUGGACUGAAGAUGAACCUGCUGGACGCCAGCCUCUCCAUUGACCUGCAGUACUUGGGUGUGCGUCUCCCCAUACCACCCCCGGGAGCCAGCGUGGAGCCUCUAAGCCAGGCACUGCCGCCGUUGCAGGGCGCUUCUGGAUCGUUUGUGUCCAGGACCGGAAAGACAACAGAUGUGACGCAAAUUAAAGGUUGGAGGGAAAAGUUCAGUCCUUCGGAAUCCUCGGAGACUCCGUCGCCUUCCAAGGCCGAAGCAGUGUCGGUCAGCUCAGAGCAGAACCGCAAGAACUUGUCGGCGUUCUGCAGUGACAUGCUGGACCAAUACCUGGAGAGCGAGGCCAAGCUGAUCGACCAGCGCGUGGCCAGCUUCUCUCAGCCACCACCAGAUUCGCUGCCCGUCUACGAGCUUCCCACCAGCAGCAGCAGCUAUGUGCGCACGCUCGGCAGCAUCCUCAAGAAGCAAAGCGCCGCCCCGCCCAGCUUCGACCUCAUCACUGGGUUCAUCCCACCCUCCAAGAGAGCCAAAGCCCCCCACCUGCAGCUUAAGACCUCUAGGAAAGCUGAAAGGAAGCCCAAGAGUUCCAAACCCCUUUUGACAGACUGCCCCCAGGCCCCAGCUCCCCUCGUGGAGGAGUCUCCAAAACCAAAGGAAACUCCGCCCAUAGUCUGCCCUGCGCCAAACAUGCUGGUCUCUCCCCCCGCCCAGUCCCCUCCUUUUGAGAGGAGGAAGAGGCUCAAACGUAAGCCGGCCCCGCAGCAGUCUGGCGCAGACCAUUCAAGUUCCCUCCAACCGCCGCUGACCCGAGGCUUGCUGAGGCAGAAAGACCUGGAGGACGGCGCUGCCUGGGCGGGGCAUCCUCGCACCUUUGUCACGGAGGAGAGGGCCUCCAUAUCGCUGACGUCGCUUUUCACCUUAAAGGGUUUUGUGAGCGAGAAUCCCACCGCCCCUAUCCAGCUGGCACCCCGGCCCGAUCCAGCGUGCCUCAACGACUUCUGCCGCCUGGGCUGCAUCUGCUCCAGCCUGGCCCGCACGGCCCGGCUCAGCCACUGCGGCCGGCCGCAGUGCAUGCUGGGCUGUAGCUGCCUCAAGCAGAAGGUGGUUCUGCUCAAGAACCUGGACGGCUCCGACUCCAGCCCAUCGGGCUGCAGCGCCACCAAAAGGAAGAAGAGGAAGAGGAUGAAGAUGGCCUACAUACUCAAGGAAGCUGACAGCGUCUCUCAGCCCGCUGAGCGCAUCCGGACGCUAUGGAAGAGGGACGACGGCGACGCCCACCCAGAGGUGAUGCAUGUCCCCGAAGCUGUCUUGCUUUCCAAGGCAACACAGGGCACCGGCAGCUGUGCCCGAGUGAGAAGAUUUGUGGGAAAGUGUGGAACAACGCAGCAGCAGCCAUUCAGGAAGCCCAAACGGCGCAAGAUGAAAUGUGGCAAAAAACCCGUAACAUUGCAUCCAGCUGAGCCGCCAAACCUUGCGGAGGAGUCGAGAGCGUCCAGACGUCUGACCAUCCUCACCGAGGGUCGCUGGACGUGUGACGAGGACCGCGACCACGUGCUGAAGAUGCUGUGCGAGGCCAUGGCCCAGGACCUACUGAAAAAGCCCUUUUGGGCCCGCACGUACCAGAUCAGCCCCAUCAGCCAGACGGUGGAGGACAGCGGCACCAUCCACUACAAAGUUCUCAUCAGCAAACAAGAUGGCGCUCAGAAGGCGCAGGAGGUGGAGCCCAUGGAGGCCUGGCAACGUGAGGUCACCGAGGAGGAUUUUACAGAGGACUCUCCUCAGGAGCCCGACCAAAGCGACACAGAAGAAGAUUCGGCGGAGCGAGCUUGGAGCGAGUGGGAGGACAGGAGCCAGAUGGGCUUGGCUCUGCCCUUCUUCAACGGCGUCUCAGCCGCCGGCUUCCUGUCGGCCAGCAAGAAGCGAGCGGGUGGCACCGACCCCAUCCAGGUGAAUGGGAAAAAGUAUCCUCUGGCCAAGAUCCAAUUAGGCGAGAUGGGGGCGCUCCACCCCGCCAACCGUCUGGCGGCGUAUCUGACCGGCCGUGUGGCGGCCGCCAAGAAGCAGACCAUUAUUCCAACCUUACUCGAGCCCCAGCGGAUGUCUUCUCACCGCCAUGGGCUGACGUACCCAACCGCCAUGUCAACCGCUGUCUCCAUGUCAACCGCUGUCUCCACGUCAACCGCUGUCUCCACGUCAACCGCUGUCUCCACGGCAACCGCUGCGUCCACGGCACUCGUUACUACUACAGCCCUGACCACCACGUCACCCGCCGUCUCCACGGGUAAUGCCGUCUCCACGGGUAAUGCCGUCUCCACGGGUAAUGCCGUCUCCACGGAAACCACCGCGUCCAUCGCACUCGUCGCUGCCACAACUGCCUUCAGUGUAGCUGCCAUCUCCCCGGGAACUGCCGCUUUUUCGUCAACUGCCGUCUCCACGGCAAUCGCCCCCCUCACAUCACCUGUUACUACCGCAUUUGCCGUCACCACAGCAACCUUGACCUCAACAUCAACCGCCACCGCUACGCCUGCUGCCGCUGUCACUUACUACUUGGUGCCACCUCCACCAUCAGGUCCCCGCAUGCCGACGGCCCACCCGGCCGUGCCCUCCUCCUCGACAGUCCGGAUGAUUCUGCGGCAGGUGCAGAGUCCGACGGGCGUUCGCUACUACCGCAGACCGGAUGGCAAACUGGUCCAGCUGAUCCCAGUCAGCCAGCUGAGAGCGGCCACCCCCUGCAAGACAGGCGAGUCCCCAAAAGGUUCCACCCGCGCCUCUGGAACUUCUUCUCUCAUGGCUCCUGCGAGCGGCACGGCUGGUGGCCCAGUGCCGCCGAGCGCAAACGCCGGCAUCUCGGGCCUCAAGUCGUUCACGGUCAACCGCGUCUCCUUCCCGCUCCUCCUCGAUUCCGCGUCCUCGAGUCAGAAGAGCAGCACCGACAGAAUCAUUCCCGCCACCUCCACAAAGAAUCCUGUUACCGCCGAGGCGGCCGCCCCUGACCUCGUCAGUUCGGAAGUCCGCAGCGUGCCAGCCGAGACAGCACCCACGGCUCUCCUGAAUAACCCGGAUGUGGCAGAGUCAAAAGUUUCAGGCGCAGAGGCUCCUUCAUUCAGCUCGCCGGAGCCAGCCAGGGAUGUGGCGGACCUGGACGUGGUCUGCAUUGUGGAUGACGAGAACAACGUCCGAGAUCGCGAGGGCCGUGUUAUCAACCUGGUGGACUCGUCCAGCGACCGGACGGAUCACUCAUCCGACUCCACGGAUGAGUCGACCGACUGCGAAGGACUCCGCUCCGCUGACAGCAAACUUGCCCACAACGUUUCGGAGCGGCUGCGGCGGCACAGGAUGUCGCGCAUGUUCAGCGAGUUAAGAAAUGAACUCCAGCUAAAGGGCAACGUGUCCGCCGCCACCACCUUGCAUGAGGCCGUUCAGGUGAUUAAGAAGCUCCGGGCUACCGAAAAGCGUCUGAGACGGGAGAAGAUGGCGCUGACCCGACGGAGGGAGCGCUUGAUGGCCAGCCUCCUUCCGCGUGACGGCGGCCGUGACUGCUUCAAGUCGUCGAGGCCAGACAGCCUGGAAGACGACACCAGCGGGACCAGUUCUGCCAACAAAACAAACUGCAAUGCCGGCAUCGUUCGGCCCUCGUCUUCCCCCGAGCCCCGUCCCACGUCCCCGCUCUCGUCUGUGACGACCGACCCCGCCGUUGCUAUGGCACCCGCUGCCUCCGAGCUCCACUCAGCAGCCUCUUUGGGUGACGGGGACGUCGUAUUUGAUUCAUCCGCUCAGAAGCUUCCACGGGAACGAGCGCCACCCGACCUCGCCUUAGUCGCCCCACCCCCUCCUUCGCCUAAAGCCGCAGCUGUCAAUCAGCCAAAGGUGGCCCCACCCGCCACCUCCCACUCGGAGCUGAUGGCGAGGAAUCGACCCAGGACGGUGCCCAACAUCCUGUCUCGGUGCAAGAGCCUCGCCCCCUCGCCCGGUGUGAGUGGCGACCUCUGCGGCUUGCAGGCCAUCGAGCCCUCUGAGCUUUUAUCCAUGGUGGGGGCUGCGUUGCCAGGGCAACCGUUCCUGACUCUGACCCCACUGCUGAUGGAUUGCGCCACGCUGCUGUCUUCUUCAGCAGCAACAGUUGAGGACCCGAACAGCUCGUGGCUGCUGGCUCCUGCAACACCACCACAACCACCGGCACCACCAGCUGAGUCGCCGCCCCCCUCAUCCUCCGUUGCGACGGCAAUGCCACCGGUCAGCCGGGUGGUAUCGCCGUCAACCUUGGACCACCAAACUGCCCCCAGGGACGAGACUCCGGGGCUGAAUGGCCACACACUGGCCCCUCCCCCACUGCUGCACAUGAAGGCGGGUGGUGGGCAGGCGGAGCACCUGCCCCCUGCUGAGGCUCCGGCGUCCUCAGGCAAGGGCAUGUCUUGGAGGCCCAUGCCCAGGUUGGUCCCGCUGGGGCUGCGGGGGGCGCCGCCUACGUGAGGACAUCGCAAGGAUCGGAUGAUUUGCCCGUUGGCCUGGCAACCGCUCACUGGAACCGGUUUUGUUGGUCCUAGUUUUUUUAUUUUUAUACCUUACAAGUACAGAUGUCUGCAACACUAAUUUAAAUAAAGUCUGACCACAUAUGUUU